AUGUGUAUUUAUCUUUUAGUGGGUACCAGAUCAAAAAGAUCCAGUAGUCAGAUUGCCAUUUUGAAAAACAAGCUAGCAAAUCUUCAAGGUUUGCUUCAACAAAUAGAGAAAGGUGAAGAACAAACUAUAACAACGCUGCCACCUACAGUAAAACCAGAAGCAAUCAACAAGGCCAAGGAAUCUCGAAUGGUCACAUCCAAAACUACUGACAAUGAGAAGUCUGAUGAAAGUCUAACACCAGAUGAAGUGGCCGUCUUAAAGGCAUUAAAAAAUACUUUAAACCGUCAACGUCAGCAGAAAUUGAAUUCCAAGAUACGAGAAGAGCUUGAAAACAAGCAGACAUUUUAUGAUAAACCUAUUAUCGAGAAAGGAGCCGAUGAUGUCGCAGUCCUAAAGUCCUUAGCAAGCAAACUGUCCAAAGACACCGAAACGAAACAGAAUUUACAACAACGUGAUGAUAAAGAAAAUUUAUCCAAAAACAAAGAAGUGCAGCCAAAGGAAGGACAAUUUUCACAGUAUAGACAAGAAGUUUUAGCCCAAAUUGAGGACAGAUUGCUUCAAGAUAUGGAUUUUGCUUUAAAAACUGGGUUCACUGUAGAGGAAAUACUUACAGAUUUGCAAGAAAAGGAAAAACGAUUUGAGGAGCUGAAAAUAGCUGAGAUGACAAAUCGUAUCGAAACACUCAGCAAAAUGAGUAAUAGAGAUUGAUAGAAUUAACAUUCCCCCCUUUUUUGUGCAAUUUGAUGUUAAUUGAAAGCUAUGAGAACAAUUAUAGAAAUGUAAAAGAUAUUAUGUAGCAACUUUAAAACCUGAUCAAAUACUGUGACAUAUAAUCAAUUUAUGUAUGUAUAUAUAAGUACAAAGGUUUAUGGGGAGUUGCGGACACAAACUUGAUUAUUUACAUUAUUUAUCUUAUUGCAGUUUCGUUACUUAAUAUCAUGAAAGUUGUAGAUAGUCUUUUCGUGACAAAGGUAUGAAUAUUGUGUUUUUCAAACUUCACAUGCCGUUAAAUGCAUUUACAAGUAUUGAGUAGUUUUAUGUACGAAUACAUUUAGAAACAUUUUAUGGUAGUGCUCAGUAAAAAAAAUGUUAUAUUAGAAAGGUUAAGUAUACCUCUAUACAUCAACAGCCGACGACACGCCAAAUGCAUAUGAUAUUGUUGAAGCUAUUUUGUUAUUAUAUAGUUAAUAAACAUUUAUUGCUUUUA